GCCCCGCGCGCAGCCCGCCCGCGCCCCGCCAUGGAGGACCUGGAUGCUCUGCUCUCUGACCUGGAGACCACCACCUCACACAUGCCAAGGUCAGGGGCUCCAAAAGAGCGCCCCUCAGAGCCACUCACACCUCCCCCACCCUAUGGCCACCAGCCGCAGACAGGGUCUGGGGAAUCUUCGGGAACCUCUGGGGACAAGGACCAUCUAUACAGUACGGUAUGCAAGCCUCGGUCUCCAAAGCCUGCAGCCCCUGCGGCUCCUCCAUUCUCCUCUUCCAGUGGUGUCUUGGGCACUGGGCUCUGUGAGCUAGAUCGUUUGCUUCAGGAACUGAAUGCCACCCAGUUCAACAUUACAGAUGAAAUAAUGUCUCAGUUCCCAUCUAGCAAGGUGACGGCAGGGGAACAGAAGGAGGACCAAUCUGAAGACAAGAGCAGCCAUCCUCCCAGUCCAGCUCCUGUCCUCCCAAAGCCCUCGGCUACCUCGGCCACAAUGGAGCUGGAUAGACUGAUGGCCUCGCUCUCAGACUUCCGUGUCCAGAAUCACCUUCCAGCCUCUGGGCCAAGCCAGCCACCAGUGGUAAACUCCACAAAUGAGCGGUCGCCAUCUCCACCAGAGCAGACUGGCAAGGGCAGCCUAGAUACCAUGCUGGGGUUGCUGCAGUCCGACCUUAGCCGCCGUGGUGUUCCUACUCAGGCCAAGGGCCUCUGUGGCUCUUGCAAUAAACCUAUUGCUGGGCAAGUAGUGACAGCGUUGGGCCGUGCCUGGCACCCCGAGCACUUUGUUUGUGGUGGCUGUUCCAUGACCCUGGGAGGCAGCAGUUUCUUCGAGAAGGAUGGAGGCCCCUUCUGCCCUGAGUGCUACUUUGAGCGCUUCUCCCCACGAUGUGGUUUCUGCAACCAACCCAUCCGACAUAAAAUGGUUACCGCCCUGGGCACCCACUGGCAUCCAGAGCAUUUCUGCUGCGUCAGCUGCGGGGAGCCCUUUGGAGAUGAGGGUUUCCACGAGCGUGAGGGCCGCCCCUACUGUCGCCGGGACUUCCUGCAGCUCUUUGCCCCGCGCUGCCAGGGCUGCCAAGGCCCCAUUCUGGAUAACUAUAUCUCAGCGCUCAGCGCGCUCUGGCACCCAGACUGCUUCGUCUGCAGGGAAUGCUUCGCGCCUUUCUCCGGAGGCAGCUUUUUCGAGCACGAGGGUCGUCCGCUGUGCGAAAAUCAUUUCCACGCGCGGCGCGGUUCGCUGUGCGCCACGUGCGGCCUCCCGGUGACCGGCCGCUGCGUGUCGGCCCUGGGCCGCCGCUUCCACCCGGACCACUUCACCUGCACCUUCUGCCUGCGCGCGCUCACCAAGGGCUCCUUCCAGGAGCGCGCCGGCAAGCCCUACUGCCAGCCCUGCUUCCUCAAGCUCUUCGGCUGAUCGGCCCGACCCGUAUGCGCCAGCCUAUGGUCUUGGAGCUCGGGGCUGCAAGACUCACCCCGUGCUUUGUGCGGCCCACCCACUGGGGAGACGCUCCCCUCAGGUACUCCACGUUCUCCAAGGUCAAGUUCAGAAGAGGCCCCGUCCAUCCUGACCCUCACACUCCCCCCCCCAAAGUGAUCUUCCACAGAAGGGAGGUCCCACACGAUUCCCACCCUGGAGGGAGCCCUCCCACACAAUAAAAGAGGGGCCCCGCAAUUCAUUACAACUCAUCAGAGACCUGGCCAAGGAUGUCCCUACUGCCCGCUCCUGUUUUGUGCACUUUUUUUUUCUACAAACAU